AUGGAUACGUUGCUCAAACAACAACUUGAGAUUUUGAAAAUAGAAAGUGAUACCGUAAAAAAUAUCAUGGAUGAAUUUGUCAAUAAGGUAAUAAUCUAUGUUCCAUAUGAACAACAUCAUUUUUAGAUUGAAGAUUUAAAAAAAACAUAUUUAAAUCAAUAUAAAAUAUUUUUUUUUUAAAUAAAUAAAUAAACACGCGUUUGUCAGCUUGUUUUUAUUAAGACGUAAUGCAUGACCCUCUGCCUGUUGUUUUCAUGUGAUGAAAUCAUAAGAAGAUCGUUGAAUCGGAUACAUGUCUAAGUAACACCAAACACAAAUUAGUAACUAUAUGAAUAAAUUAUGUAUGAUGGGGAAAAAAAGUCUGGAAAGAAAAUCCUUAAGGUUGUUAACUUAUUAAAUGGCAUUGUUAAUGUUUGUGGUUUAAUAAUGCGUCUAAAUUUGUGUCUAGAUACAUUUAAGUGUACGCGCGGAACUUGACCAUUUGACUAGCACAGGUCAACUGAACCAUGUAAGAUUCCAGGAGGUUUACAAAAACAUCCAACAAGCCAUUACCUUUGUCAUUAUGAAGACUUUUGAAAUUUCUGGUAAGCGUUAAUAAAAAAAAAAAAAAGAAAACGUUUUAUAGUUUACAUAGUAACACUGUUUUUGUCUUAGUAUGUUUUUACUCCCUUUCACCUAUCUCAUGAAUUCAACAUACACGGGCGUAGAAAGACAGUGGCAUUGGUAGGUGACUUUUUUUUUAGCUGUAUCUGAGUUCUACUGCAUAUACUAAAUAUGAAAAAUGCCUGAAACUUAUAUAUAUAUAUAUAUAUAUAUAUAUAUUUAUAUAAACAUAUUUAUAUAUAUUUCGUUAUUGACGAACGUUCGAACCUUGUGAAAAGAAAAAAAAAUAGUUUGUGCAAUAAAUAUUUGAAAGCAUGAAUGUGCUCAUCUAUGAAUUUGAAAUUUAAAUUAUUAUUUUUUCUCUAUCUGACGGUCUAGAAGUUAAUGUGAGGGAGAAUGAUGUAAACCCACAUUCUCUGUCAGAAUCAGUUGUUUCCUUAAAGAAAACAUCUACUGCAAAAACAGAUACAACACAGGCAACGUUGCCUUCAAACGAUGAAAAACGCUUAGAUAAAUCAGGUAAUGAGUGUAAUAAAUGAUAUAGUCUUUUUCUCAUUUUUAUCAAUGUCGUGGAGUUAAGUUAAUAAAUUAUUAUUUUUUUUUUUAAAUAGAGCUGUUUUUUUUUUUUAAAUAAAUGUUAUUAUUUAGCAUAAGUAACAUAGUGGCAUAUUUUUAAAAAUAAAUAAUGUAUGACAGCUUAUAUGACGGGACGUAUUCAGGAUGCAAAUGUGAAGCUUGUUUCUCUAAAUAGCCUUUUGUUUUCUGAAAAAAUGCUUCAUGUUGGCUUCGUGCUGCAUCAACAAUUUAUUUAGAAAGGAGCUCCUGGGGGCUCGAUCCUUUGUGUAUUGGUGUGUAAGAAUUUAUGCAGAAUGCUUUCAGUGACACUUUCUCUGGGUCUUUAGAGCUUUAAUACAACAGCAAACCGCUUGCCGAAAUAAAUGUCAAAUAAUGUAUGACAUUGUUUAUUAUUUUUACAAAAUAUGAUCACCAGUUUCAAUAUCCUUCUACAUCAAGACAUUAUAGCUUUAAGAUGAAUGAAUUUGUAUUCUUUCAUGUUGAUCCACAGUUUUAACGGUCGAUAUUCAAAAUAUGACAAGAAGGAUGACUGUUUUGGAAGAAGCUGUGGUCUCAAUGAAAAAUACAACAAAUGCAAUUCAAGAAAAACAAGACAAUGCUGAUAAACUAAUAAAAGAAAUUUCUGGAGAAAAAAAAGAAAUUUUGGACAAGGUUUUAAAUGAUGU